AAAAAAAGUCGCCCAUUAUAGACUCCAUAGAACAUGCCUAGCUACUUGGUGCAAUUUGCACAGUCACACGAUGAAUUUCGACUUCCUGAAUUCGAGUCUCUAGCAGUCAUAGAGAAUGUCAACGUCAAGUUCAACCGAGACGAAUACCGCCUUGACCGUCCAUUUCUUAAAGUAGAAAUCGAAUCAGACGAAGAAGCCGCAAAGCUCGUCAAGCGAGCCAUUCUCAUAAAAUCAAUAUACGAAUUGUGGGGUGAAGGAGAAAAUCUUGAAGAACUUCAUGCUUCCGUUAGAGAAACUUCAGAUCGAUGGCCACACUAUAUGGGCAAAUCAUUCAAAUUUUCCGUCACGGCGUUCGGAUCGACCAUUGUUGCAAAGAAGUCCUUAGAGAUGAUCAAUUCGUUCUCUUUCUUGGGUUUCGACGGUGAUAUCGACAUGACCAACCCACAAUUCCAGUUCAGUAUCCUGGUUGAUUUUGGAUCUGAGCGAUCAAAAUACAUGAAGGUUGGAACGUUUGAAGCGGAAAAAAUGUACUUGGGCAAGCUGGUGACCAGCGGUAGUCGAGAUCUCGUCAACCGAUACAACCUCAAGAAACGCAAUUACCUUGGAACCACGUCCAUGGAUGCGGAGUUAUCGUUGAUCAUGGCCAAUCAAGCGCUUGCUGGUCCUGGUAAAUUGGUGUAUGAUCCAUUUGUCGGCACCGGUAGUUUCCUGUUCACCUGUUCUCAUUUCGGAGCAUAUACGCUGGGUUCGGAUAUUGAUGGUCGUCAAAUUCGAGGCAAGGGAAAAUCCAGUAUCAAAUCCAAUAUUGCUCAGUAUGAUCUCGGUGAUCGUGUGCUUGAUACCCUGACGUUUGAUAUAUGUCAUAACCCAUGGCGCAUUGACAAUUGGCUUGAUGCCAUUGUGACUGACCCUCCGUAUGGUGUACGUGCAGGUGCCAAAAAACUGGGGAGAAAGGAGAAUUCAAAAAAACAAGUGUCUUUGCGAACUUAUGAAGGCCUCCCUAUGCAUGAACGGGAUGACUAUUAUCCUCCUACAAAGCCAUAUGAAAUGUCAGAGGUAUUGAUGGAUCUACUGGAGUUUUCAGCUCGCCAGUUGAGAUUAGGUGGACGUCUGGUAUACUGGUUACCUACUAUUGUAGACGAGUACUCAAAUGAAGAUGUACCCCAGCACCCAUGUAUGAAGCUGAUUUCUAACAGUGAGCAAAACUUUGGAGCAUGGUCACGGCGGUUGAUUACCAUGCAAAAAGUCGCUGAAGCACACCAAGGCGAGCACGCAACAAUUCCUGUGCACCAUCAUUCUGAAAAUGACGUGACUGCGAAUCGAGUGGAACAACAGGUACGCAUGCGAGAAGAGGAAAGUACCGAAGAAGCGGAGCAAAAUAAACAGCAACCAGGCCAUUAUGCCUUCCGUGAAAAGUAUUUUGGUGUAUUUUAAAAGAUUCGAAGUUAAACGCAUCUUUUUGUGCGGAACGUCAUAUUCAAAAAUGAAUAAAAAAAUGCCAUAAAUGGUCAGACCGUUUGAAAUUUC